ACUUUCUUUUGCUACUGGUGUGCAUGACUGUUCCCAGUACUUCCUUGCUCUCUCGUUCCAUUUGAUCUUCACAACCCUUCUCCAUAUCCAUAUUUCCAAGGCUUCUAUUAUUUUUUCAUUCUUCAUUAUUGUCCAUACUUCACAAGCAUACAGGGAUUGUAUAAAAAGUAUUGGGAAUGAUUUUUUCGUGGGGUUUCUGUACAUUGCAGGGCGCUUGCUGCAAAUCGGUUCGGUGUAUUUACUCUCGCAUUUUGUUGUCGUAGAAUGUAGGUUUUUGUGGCGUAGAAGGUUUCCCUAAUACCCCAUCUUGAUAACUAAAAUCAGAUUCAAUCCAGCCGCAGUCUUAAGAUUAACUCGAAACUCAACUAUAUCAAAGAAAAUUUUCUUUUAGUAAUAAUUUGCUUUACACGAAUCCAACCAAAAAUCAAUUUAGAUUCACAGCGUGUAUAUAGAAUAAAUGACCACAAUACCUUUUUUUGUUAAGGUUUCUCGAAAUGGACCCAUAACGAAUUCGGUUUUGUUAUAUAAUGGAAAACUGCUUAUGAUUAUCAGAUGUCGGCUGGAUUGUUGAACGGUUGCCUUAAAAUCGCCUUGAAAUUGUAGACUCCGGGGAAAAUUUUGAAGAUAACGAAUAGUUGGGGUUUUUUCAUUUUCUUACUAUCCCAGGAACUUCUGUUAUUUUGUGCAAUUUUUUAACUAGCGUAUCAUUUAUUGAAAUCUGCCAAAAAACAACCAAAAAGGCAAAGUUUUCAUUUCUUCGCCGUACACUGAAAUUUUUAUUAAUGCAAAAAUGUUCCUUUACAAUGCUGAUGCAUUUAUAUUUAGUUUCGCCUUGACGGGACGGACAAUGAGUUUACUUCGUUUGAACUCGUGCAAUUGUUCUUUUUUACCGCACAUUACUAAUAGAAAGAAUGUUUAUGCUGCGUCGCAUUCGACAGGAAACGACCGUCGGAUUAAAUUACUCAAUUCGAUCGCACUUAAUUUAAUCCAAAGGUUUAUCGCUAUGUCGGAAACGUUAUCCUUUUUUGCGUUUCCACCAGAAAAGCUUUCUUUACUAACUCUAAACAUGCGUAAUAAAAGAUCGGAAAUUACGAUUUCUGGUCAAAAACCAUUUCAUUUUUUGAAAAGGGGCCACAGAAACGGUCGCUCUAAUACAAAGUGAAUAAUAAUCUGUGUUAACUCCGAUGACCAAAACGCGAAUCGCUUUUGGUUCUCGAAAAAAAUCCCCCUUCUUGGUUACUGCGUAAUGUUCUGAACGCCCACAAUGAUGCGAAGUAUCUCAUUAUGCUCAAAAUUUGUCUGAGAAGACACUUCAGAACCUUGAUAUUUUUUGAGCUUUUAAAAUUCUACUUUACUUUUCUGCAAGAACAUUGAAAAUAAAAGUCACGAGGAAGAAGGCAUAAAGGAAUUAAUUGUCUUGAAUGUCAAUUUACAAACGAAAUGAAGAACAAGAAGAUGGAACGCCAAUGUCACACAAUCAUCUCAAAAGAAAAGGGUAUCAAGGACAGCAGUGAGAAAGCAAAAAAGAAGAAAGAACUUUAAAACAAUAGAAGAGUUUCUCAAAAUAUCCCCGAAAGAAAUCGAAAACAAGCAAUUUGGAACACCCUGUACAACGUUUGACCAUGUUCACGUGGCCCCCACUACAAAACUAUGGAUGUACGCCAAUGCUAUUAGUGUCUAUGUAACCGGCGCUUUCAAGGGACACAGUUUUCUACGGCUGUUUUCCAAACAAAACUGAAGACCCUUGGAAAACGUGAUCAAAACCGAGAAAAUUUAAAGGUUUUGUGUAUGUAGAUCCGCGAGCAAGUUGGAAGUAUUCUCCUCUUCUUCUUCUUCUUGAAAAUCCAGUUUUUGUACACAUGAAUUUUACAAGGUACAGCACCGAAAUACUUCCAAGACAAACUAAAAAGUUGUAUCCUCCCUGCAAGAAAAAGCUUCUGCCGAACAACGACAAGCAUCCACCACCUAUCCACGUGGAUGGUGAGGCACCACGUGUCAAUAGUGUUGGUAUACAAAUGCUACCGGCCAAUAUUUACAAGCAAGUUUUUAAGGGAAUACCGGAUCAAGAAUAUGAUGCUUCGAUAGUUGAGAAGUGUCACGGGUAUUUAAACAAACAUGGGAUUCUCAAAAAAGACCCAAACUUAUUACCCGAUGUGAAUUUAAAAAUUCCCCCGCUUUGCGGGGCGAAUAUCAUCGAACACUUCGAGAUUAUAGCUGAAGAGCAAUCAAAACCGUAUAGAGAAUUAGUUCUUGACAUUCUGGAUGGUAUUCCUCCAAUACCCGAGGAAUGGGUAAUGCAAGUGGGGUGGACACGCUACGUUUUAAACCAAGAACCGGUGGCAGUCGACUGUCCGCUGGAAGACUGUGUUGUUUUCGACGUAGAGGUUUGUAUGCGGUCAGGGAAGCUUCCCACAAUUGCGACGGCGGUGUCUAAGGAAGCCUGGUAUGGAUGGGUUAGCGAAUCCUUAAUGAACAGAAGUGAUAAGCCGUUACAAAACCACGAGUAUUACGAAAAGCAUUUAAUACCAUUCUACAAUGGGUCAUUAGACAAUCCGAAAGUUGUGAUUGGCCAUAAUGUCGCAUAUGAUCGUUCGCGCAUUAUGGAACCGUACAGAUUGAGAAAUACAGGAAUGAGAUUUCUCGACACCAUGUCUAUGCAUGUAGCUAUUAAUGGAUUGACUAGCUAUCAGCGUGCUGUCUUAAAGUCCCAAGAUAAGGAGGAGGAAGAUGGGGAGUGGCAGAACACUAGCUCGUUGAACAGUUUAAAUGAAGUUCAUAAAUUAUACUGUGGCAAAGAGGUCGAGAAAACUGUUCGGGAUGUAUUUGUCUAUGGAUCUCUAAACGAUGUUUACGAUCAAUUUCAAACAGUCAUGAGCUACUGCGCGUACGAUGUAAAAGCGACCCAUAACGUAUUAAAAGUUUUGUUUCCCUUGUAUCUGGAACGUUUUCCGCAUCCUGCAACACUUGCGGGAAUGUUGGAGUUAAGCACGACGUAUCUGCCGAUCAAUGGCAAUUGGGAGAGGUACAUUAAUAACUCUGAGCAGGCUUACGACGAUUUGGACAUCGAGCGUAAGGUGAUGUUAGCACGAUGUGCGGAUCAAGCGUGCCAUUUAUUUCAUAAUAACAAAUACGCCGAGGACUUGUGGAUGUGGGAUCAAGAUUGGGAUGUAAAAGAUAUAAAAAUACGUAAAACACCAAUUAAAAGUGAAUCCCGAGGUGAAUCCGAUAAUGCAAGUAGUGAACAGGAUCUAUUGGAAGAAAAGUUUAAUUAUCUCGAUCGGACGGCCCAGUUUUUACCCGCCGUCGAAACUUUACUACCCGGUUAUCCGAAUUGGUACCGGAAAUUGUGCACCAAGCCGGGUUCGUCCCCCGAUUGGGUCCCCGGACCGCAUUUAAUUAGUACUUCCAUGCAAAUUACGCCGAAACUCCUCGGAUUGACUUGGGAGAACUAUCCCCUGCAUUUUAUUAGAGGGCAGGGGUGGGGUUUGAUAGUGCCGUUUCUUAGUGACUCCGAUAUUGACACUCGAAUUCCCAUAAAACAGAUUUUGCAGAAAAGGGCGGCCGUCGGCAGUAGUUUGCAAGCGUCCGUUGCACCCGAUCUGUCAAUUGGGCAACAAAUCGAACGGAACUUAUCGAAAGUUGAAUUUUAUCGUUCUGUGAAAAAGGACAACAGCGGAGGGGUGUAUAAGGGUUCCGGAGUGUGGAGUAACACAGUUCUCGAGAACUGCUGUUGGUUUUACAAGUUGCCGCAUAAAGACGGUCCCUCUCAUCGCGUGGGAAAUCCUUUGGCAAAAGAUUUCUUAAACAAGUUUUCGGAAAGCGUGUUAACCGGCAGCACUAACAGCGCCGAAAAAAUUAUCGCGAUACAGAAAAUGCUGUCGUAUUGGCGUAAUAAUCGUAAUCGUAUUAUGGAACAAAUGGUGGUGUGGUUGGAUGAUGCGCACCUGCCGAAUUUUUUAAAAUUGCACCACAAGCAGUGCGGCGCCAUCUUGCCUCAGGUUGUUGUAUGCGGUACGCUGACGAGAAGGGCAGUUGAAGCAACCUGGAUGACCGCUUCUAAUGCGCAUACGGAUAGAGUGGGGUCGGAACUAAGAAGUAUGGUGCAAGCGCCGUUCGGAUACAGUAUUGUGGGUGCAGAUGUUGAUUCUCAAGAACUGUGGAUCGCCUCUGUUAUCGGUGACUCUCAUUUUGCGAAAAUACACGGAGGUACGCCGUUAGGUUGGAUGACUAUAAGCGGGAAUAAGUCGGACGGGACCGAUAUGCAUAGUGUAACUGCAAAGGCAGUUGGCAUAUCCAGGGAUCAAGCAAAAGUCUUAAACUAUGCCAGAAUAUACGGGGCAGGGCAAAAUUUCGCCGAGCAGCUACUCAAGCAGUUUAAUCCCACCAUGUCGGAUAGUGACGUUCGUAGGAAAUCGUCUAAAAUGUUUACUUUAACGAAAGGAAAGAGAGUGUUCAAUCUAAAGAAGGAAUUUCUAACAGAUUUCCCAGAUAAACUUUACGAACGCUGGGAAGCGUUUGGAAUAGCAAAGUUGCAUAAUAAAAAGUUAGACGAGAUGUUUUACAACCCAAAGUGGACUGGUGGAAUGGAAUCUGCAAUGUUUAACAGAUUGGAGGAAAUUGCAAAUAAUUCCGAACCGGUGACGCCAUUUCUGCAUUGUCGACUAAGUCGCGCUUUAGAACCCAAAGGUGUCGCCGGUGACCGCUUUUUACCGACGAGGAUCAACUGGGUAGUGCAGAGUGGAGCUGUGGAUUUUUUACAUUUGAUGUUAGUUUCGAUGCGUUGGAUUAUGCAGAACCAGAUACGAUUCUGCUUCAGUUUCCACGAUGAAGUGAGAUAUUUGGUGAAGGACGAUCGUAAAUAUCAAGCCGCCUUGGCGAUGCACGUAACUAAUUUGUUAGUGCGAUCGUAUUGUUCCGCAAUGCUCGGCAUGCGCGAUCUCCCGUUUUCCGUCGCGUUUUUUUCUUCGGUCGAAGUCGACGCGGUGCUGAGGAAAGAAGCGAAACAAGAUUGUAAAACGCCGUCCAAUCCGCACGGUUUGAUGGGAGGUUACAAUAUUCCAAAUGGCGAAUCGCUAGAUAUUCAUCAAGCGGUUCGUAAAGCAGGGGGGCAGUAUGCUUGGUGGCGUACCAAAAAAAGAAAUGUCGAGAGCCACAAAACGAAAGCACGUCCUAAUGGAACUCAUGCAGGAUGAUUUUUCCCUUCCCACAGAAAAUCAAGCCAUAGUGAAGAUACUAAGCAGUAAAGGCAACAAUUUACACGAAGCAGAGUCUCCAGACGGUUCCACCUUUCUGAUUAGUAUGCCGACCAAAUUUAGGAAGAACAUCUGGAUUAAGAGAGGC